AUGUCAUUCUACACUCCGCCAAACCAGCAACGCUCUUUGCGGGCUUGCAUGGUCUGCUCUGUCGUUCAGUUGCACAAUAAAUUCAUGCGCGACGGCUGUCCCAACUGCGAAAAUGUCCUCCAGCUCCGUGGGAACAACGAUGCCAUCCAAGAAUGCACUUCACAAGUCUUUGAAGGUCUGAUCUCAGUCCGCGACCCGGCCGCAAGCUGGGUGGCUCGGUGGCAGCGACUGGACAACUACGUGGCUGGAACAUAUGCGACCAAGGUGACAGGAUCGCUUCCGGAGUACAUUAUUAGCAGCUUGGAGGACUCUGGUGUCAAAUACGUUCCUCGUGACGGAAGCACUGGCGAAGAAGAAUCCUAG